AUGUCGACUUGGAGUUCAUAUUCUGAGUAUUUUUACAGAAAGUUGGUGGAAAAUGACGAUUUUAAAAUAAUAAAUAGAAAACCGAACAAUUAUACAUUUAAAAACAUAAUUGACUCAUCUUGUUCUAAUAUUUCAUCAUAUCGCAACGUUCCAAAGUCAAGUGACAAUUAUAAAGAUUAUUUGUUUUCAAUUCCAGAUUCCACACACGAUUGCACAAAUUUUAAUCAAAAUAACAAAUAUAUUAAUUGUAAAUUAAAUUGUAAUAAGGAAAUUUAUAAAUCGCAAGGAAAUCAAACUUCCAGAAAAAUACAUAGCUUGUAUUUCACAUCUGGAAACAAGUUGAAUUCUAUAUAUUCAAAUCCUUAUGAGUAUUCUUCAUAUACAAACAUUAAUUUGUCUCAAUAUGAUACUAAAGCAACUUCUAGGGCCAAUGUGUAUAACUAUCUUUCCCGUGAGAUAGUUAAUUCUAUCGACACAUUGACUUUGUAUGACAAUGUGUCAAAAAAUGAGCAUAUGAACGUUGUUCUGAUUCCAUCAGGAGUAGUAAACUCUGGCAUUAAAGGACUUAGAAUUAGUCCCAAAUUGAAAGAUGAGCAGGUUUAUGUUGAAGUCAAUGAAGUAUUCAACGUAUAUCCAUCAUGUUUUUUCUCCUAUCUAGAAAAUUGUUCAAACUAUUAUAUGGAACCGUUUGUAGAGUCAAAUGAUUACAACAAAAUUGAGACUUCAUGGGAUGCAUACACACUUAAAUCAUAUAUUUAUGGCAUCAACACUAAGUUUAAAACUGUUAACGACGAUUUGGAUAUUCUCGAAAUCAUCUCAGAAAAAAAAAGUAUAUAUUCGUCAACAAUAUAUUCGAGAAAUUCCUUAGGGAUUUUUGUAUUCAGUUACUAUUUUGAUGGAGAAUGGAAGAUUAAACCAAUAAACAAUGUAUCAUAUAAACAUGAAAAUAAAGUGUACUAUAUAUCGGUAUCUCCAUACUUAUCAGACGAAUCAGUGUUCCUUACCACAAAUAAUGAAUUGCUCUUUUAUGAUGGUUACAAGGGGCAUGAGAGAGAUUCGAUAACAUUGUCUAGUUUGAUAAAACAUGAUGAAGAUGUGGUACAAACAGUGUGUUAUGGAAUGGAUAAUAAUAAUUUAAUACUCGCGGGAAGUCAACUGUAUUCUUUAGAUAAACGAGAAGGGUCUUUAUCGCCAUUUAUCUUGCAUACUAAGCCGCCAAUGACAAUAACAAGCACGACUUGGACUGAAAGGAAUUAUGAUUUGGAGUAUCCAUCCAGACACUAUAAUAUGUUUUUAAGUGGUCGCUACUGUUCAUACUCGAGUUAUCAUAGGAAGUCUGGUUUUUCGUUUUCUAAAUCGUUUACUGCACUCGCUACACAUCCAUUGCACAACUACAUACUCGCAAGUGUGUGCGGAUCUAGUAAUUCGAUAUUGAUAUUCGAUUUGAGAAUACCUAAUUCACCAAUCAUUGACAUACCAUUGCCAUCUGCAGAGUUAAUAGGAUCACGAUUCAGAAGUAUAAAGUGGCACAUUGAAGGCGAAUACUCACUGCUAUUGGUAUUUUCAUGGAGGCAAAAGUAUCCAAUAUGUCUAAGAUUUAAGAUUGACACUUUUUUCACAAAUUAUUCAAUAGUGUCCGAUAAUGGUUAUCACUUUAAAGACUUUAUAGAUUGUGACAUUGGCUAUGAUACAUCACUAAUGUUUGAUAGAACGAUUUAUUUUAAUUUCUCAAACACUCAUGGAUCUCAAGAUGAUAAUGAUUUUGACAGCUGUGGACCCCUGAUUGAGACUCAAAAGACAAAUUUCGAACAUCAAAUCAAUUUAACAAAAGAUUCUACGAUGUCAAAUAUAUUCCAUGGAUAUUUGGGUAUGACUAUGAUUACCUCUGAUUCAAUUAAUUCAAAUCUUUUAAUGAUGUUAACGACAUCAGGAAGACUCUUAUGUAUGGAUAUGAACGCAAGAAAUAUAAUCCUUAACAGAAAAAAUCAAAAGAGACUCUUGGAUACAUCUGAAGUUGAUUUGCUAAAUGAAUCGGACGCAUUUGUUGGAAUUGAUAUAUCAUUGUCGAAUAAAAUAGGAAUCCCGGUUCCUGAUUAUAUAAAAUUUGAUCAAAAAUACAAAUUUGUUAGAAUAAAGAAAAUUAAGAUUCAUAAUCAUUAUUCCGUGUUUAAGUCUUUUGGCCUACAAGAAAAUAUUGUGAAGAUACAGGAACAACAUUUUGGAGAUGAAAGGUUGAACUCACACAUAUCAAUUAACAAUUGCCAUGUUAAUGAUUUUAAGAACUAUACAACUCAAAAGUUCAAUUCCCAGGAAAUAUUGAAGAGAAUACUAUCUUAUAAUAAAAUUGAUAAUUAUUAUGGACCUAUUUUAUCUUUAUCAAGAUUCAUUGAAUUGUAUGGAACUGAACACACAUUAACACACAAUGUUUGGAACCCUCUGAACAACAAGUUGGACCAUGAAUAUGAAACCGAACUUAAGAAUCCCUUCUUUAAGGAAACACUGCUAUGUUCAUGUUCAUCAUUGAAAGAGUCGAUUUUUGACAAAUACUCGAAGAUGUUUCAGUCAAUCCUUAACUUCGUUUUUGAUGAUGUUAAUGAAGUUAUCGCCAAUUCUUAUAAUAAUCGAAUUGAUUACUACAUUAACUCUCUCAAUACCACUCUCAGCAACAUAAUCAACUUCAAUAGACAAAAUAACAAAUCAACUUUAUAUGACACAGAUGAUGAUCAUGACAAUAAUAUAUCAUUACCAUCGGUCAGUGCACAUGGAGUACAAGACUUGCUGAUAAAUAACAUAAAAGAGAACAAAAGUCUUAUUGUUGAUAAAUGUGUUGCUAGCACAUUUGGUGAUAUGCUAUUGUUUCAAUCUAAUCUUAACAAUUACAACGGUUACGAAGUUGCUAUAUCUGAUGAAAAUCGCGAACAUGAAAGCGAUGAUAUCAAUGUAAAAGAUUCGUUACAUAGGCAUGAUUGUACCAUGAAUGAUGUUCUGUGUGUUGAUGCUAGCAAAGACUCUGAUGAUACUGAUUCACUAAACAUUGUUGAUCAGCUUUUGAGUUCAUGGGUAAUUGAGCACAGGGAACUAGCAAAAUCGGAUACGCACUCCCACGCUAAUAGAGUGUUCAUACCUGGAGACGCUGUGGAGCAUCUGACUCAACAUAAAAUGAAGCAGAAACGACUCAUUUCUCAGAUACUGACUAGCAUGGAUGUUAAACCUUAG